AUGUCAAUAUUACGGGAAACGAGUCCCAAACUCGAUCUGCUCGAGCGGAAAUCAAGUGGGAACUCGUCAGUAGUGCAUAAGGAUGGCAGCUAUGAUACCGACGGUCCGAAUGCAGACCUGAGUGCUCUUCAAAGCAAUGUCUCGCAAGAUUCUCAAGUUGUUUCUACCAGUAAACUAGAAGAGGGUACGCUUUUCGAUCGAUUGCACAAUGACUUAGACAGCGUGGUCAGCACCCCAAAGCAGACCGGGUCCACGAGCAUAGACUACCUUCCUAGUAGAUCAAAUUAUGAGGAUACGGGAAUCCCGGAUGAUGACUUCAGGCCUGCAAGCCAACCGCGACUAGCUGACAAGAUUGCUUCCACCGGUCAGCUCAUCGAUGGCCAAGACGCUAUUUACGAGAGCUUGCAGAGGCGACGGUCUAUUCGGAGACUGAACUUUUUUGAUAACGCGUAUUUGAACAAUGUCGAACAGCUGAAAAUGUCACAGAUGGGGUUACUGGUGCGGCUUGCACGGGAUAAUAAAGAGUCUUUUUCGGAAUUUCGAAAUGUUUGGACGGACUACGAAAACAAAGAAUUCGAUAUUAAUGAGAGCGAUUUUUUCAAUGCCAUGGAAGAGAAGAACGAGGCGGCUGAGGAGCAAAUCGACGCAUUGAAGCAACAGAUCUUGAGCAUGGAUGCGUACACUAAACAGCUCUGGGAGCAAGCAAAGUCGACUUGGAAGUCGGAAAAAUAG